AUAACGCAUUAGAAGCGUAGUCUUGAGCAAAAUUCACGAGACUGUAGGGUAAAUGAACGUCCUUGAUGACGUUCCCUACGGAACUGUGCCAAAAUCCCAAAUGCAAGUACACUUACAAGAAUGCAUACCAACAAGCAAAGAGCGACAUUGUCAUCGCCGGGCGAUACUGAUACAAUACGAGUACAUAGCCAAAGGUACCGUCAAUUGCACCGCUAACAAUCUGUGCAACGCAAACAUACCGUGGUCAGUCUAUAAAUACGCGUCGAGACAUAAGUGCACGGUACGGGCGUGAUGCUUCUACGCGACACAUUUUGAUUACCCAGAAGCAAGAGUUUUGAAUUAUUUGUCAAAAACGCCAGCAUACGGUUUUUAGUUACAGUGCUAUUUUUGUGGAGAAAUUUCACCAUUAUUCUGGUCGGAUUUGAAUAUUUUUUCAAUAUGAAACAUGGCGAAAAUGAAAAAACGCUGAAUUCCACAAACUGAUAGUGCUCAGUGCUUACACCGCCCAGAAGCGUUAGCAAAAACGAUCCAUGUAAAUUUGUAACGAAAUGCCACCGCCAAAGAAGCCACCGAUUCAUGUGCCAAAGAAAGCCAAUCCUAGUCUUGGCUACGAAGUGCUAAUUUAUUUGAAUUCCUUCUACUUCGGAAUGUUUGCCUGCUGUGAACUGAGUAUGGGGCUGCUAAAGGCCAUCAAUCUAUCAUAUCCGAAUCACGUUUUGGCACGUGAUUCAGCUGUUGUGAUUGGUUUAUGCAUUUUGGAGACUAUACGCAUCAUACUCGGACGCAAGGGCUCUUUAGCUGAUAAAAGUUGGCAAGUUAUUUUAUCUGUUUUCCUAACAGUUCCAUGCUUUUUCGGUGUCUCCUACAUAUUGCUUCUACAAGAAUAUAAACUACGUCUGGAAUACGUACUCUGUACUUUACAGAUCGGAUUAUAUUUGACAGAAGUUUGGUAUGCAAUACUUUCAUUUUUUUCAUUAUGUCGUCCAGUAACUUUCGAAUAAAAUUAGCCAAAGCAGUAAGAUAAAAUUUUCAAAUAUUAAUGUAACAAAAGCAGUUAAUUAAGAUUGAAUUUGUAAAUGUGAAGAUUUUUCAGUGGUAUUCAAGUAAUGUAAAAAAGUGUAACAUUAUAUUAAUAAAAGAAAACAAAACACAAAUCAUAGCAAUAAAAUAUACGAAAAAGAAUUUUUAAUGUAAGACAAAAUCACAUAAAAUGUAAAGUUAUGUAUUAUUGAAAAUAUGGAAAUAUAAAAAAUAUAUAUGUAUGUAUACAAACAUAUUAAACGCGAAGAAUUGAUAUAAGAAUUCUCAGACUUUUGAAUACACCUUUUUAUAGUACAUACAUUAAUGUAUAAAAACAAAACCUGUUACGUUUGUAAGUGAACAAAACAAAAAAAAAUAGUGUAGUAGAAGUACACUUAUUUAGACAUAAUAUAUAAAUAUGGCCUAAAUAUUUUUUGUCAUAGAAAUCAUUGGAUUAUCAGUGUGUAGUUGGUUAAUACACCAAUAAAUAUUCAUAAACUUUACAACGUAAUGCAAAGGAACAUACAAACAAUCUGCUAAAUUUCAGCAUUAAUAUGAAAAAUACUAGCGGAAAUUCAAGCUCAUUCUAAAGCGUUAAUAUAUAUACAUACAUAUGUAUAUGCAUGCAUCUACAUGUAUAUAUGCAUAUGUGUAUGUUAACUAUAUGAACCAAAUUCACAUUUAUUCUUAAGGACAAGCGAAGAAAAAAUAAAUAGCAUUCUUAAAAUUACACAAAGUUAAAAUUUGUAAAUAGGUAUAUUAUCAUACAAGUCUAUAUAUACCUAAAUACAUAUGUACAUAUAUACAUACAUGUCUCGCAUAUACAGAAAAUCUAUAUAUACAUAUGUACAAAUGUAUAUUUAUUUACAUAUAAUAUUUAAAGCUCUAGUUAUAGGUAUUCAUUCACAGGCACAAAAUAUUUCAGAAUUACUCCUUUAGAUAUGCAUUACUCGAUUGUGAUGUGUAAGUACAUGCAUACAAUUGUACCCAUCUUCAAAAGCAUGUAAAAAAGUCUUUAUUCGUCUUAUAUAUUUGAGAUAUGUUCACUUGUAAAAUUUUUAUAACAGUAAUUUUAUAUGUAACUGACAGCUAGUUGCUAGUUAAAGUUUUGGUUAAGCGCUUAACCAUAUAUUGAGAAAGAAUUAAGUGAUUGGAAAAUUAAGUGUGAAAUUGCUGUUGGACCCGAGCCCUAUAUACAUAUACACAAACAUAUGUACAAAUUAUAUUUCCACUUCCAAUAUAAACAAUAGCGUUCAUAAAAUGUUUGAGAACAGUACUGAAAAGCUUUAUCUGCGUGCAGGACAUUUCGAAAAAUCAACUGCAAUAACACUUGUCCACGCAAUCAUAUGUACAUAUAUUUUUACUUACAUUUGUAUACAUAUAUUUAUACGCAAAAAACCACAAAAGUGUACCGAAUUUCGAGUUUUUAUAAAUCACAAUAGGUAUAAACCUAACCAGUUAAAUCAGAAACGUCAAAUUUACACAUGUAUAUAAGCAUAUACAUUGUAUUUUAUUUUUUUAAUAAAAAAUUCUAAACAAAAUUAUUCUUAUUAUAAGUUCGAAGUAUUGUUGCCCCCGUUAGAAAGGUUCUUACGGUUGAUAACUCUUGUGCCAACAUUGUAGAUUGAAAUGUUUUUUGACAAUGCUAGGUGUUUAUCAUAAAUAGUUAAAAUGAUGAUUACAAUUAUACUGGCAAAUGAUAUUUUAAAAAUAUACUUUUCCAAGUAAAAACCUAUACCACAUGUGACUUAUUUAAUUAUGGUUAUAUACAAAUUUUUGAAGCUAAUAAAUCAAGCAGUUAAGAAAUGGGAUUGAAAAUAUUGGUUACUAUAUAAAGUGUUGUUGAUUUAAAAAGUUAUAAGAUUUUCAUAUUCAAUCAUAUUGUUUUUAAGAAAAUAAACAUGGAUCAACAUAUAUAUAAAAUAAUCAAUAACCAAAAAGUGUCUAUAAAAUUUUGAAAAAUAUGAAAAUGAUAAAAAAAUUUAGUUCACAAGAGUUCUUUUUCUAAAUUAUAAUAAUUGUAAAAUUUGAGGAUGUACAAAAUAUUUAUUUUACAUUUAUAAAUCGGAUAACAUAUGUAUGUAUGCACUUACACGUACUUUGAUUCUGUGCAUGCGAAUAUGUUCUGAAAAUGGAAAAUAUUUAAUUUAUAAAGGAAGAACUAAAGAAAUGUAAUUAUUUUAUUGGCGAUAAGCGCCGUAUUUACUUUAAGAUGAAAUUAUGCAGAAAUAAGCCACAAAACGGUAAACACAAAUCUUAAUGAUAGUGUAAAUCUAAGACCUAACUGAGCAGUGUAAAUUAUAAUAAAACUUAUAACGCUAUAAACAAUACAGAAUUUCCACAUUAAAUACAUACAUAUGUAUUGGAAUACAAUUUUUAGAUAAAAUUAUUAAUAAAAUUAUAUGGUCAAAUUAGUGAAUUUUAAUGAUUUAUAUACCGGUGUUUAUAUUUUUGUUAUAUUGUAAUGUAAUGUAAACAUACAUAUUAUACAUGCAUACUAACAUUAAAUUGUAGAUUAUAAUAGCUAAUUUAUGCGAAGAGACCGAACAAUUUCAAAUUACAAUAAGGAACACACUCACAGACUCACAGACGGAAAAUAUAAGUCCAGAAAAAUGCAGUGUGUACACCAGGUACUUAUUUACAUUAUUUAUGUAUAAAUGUAGGCAUAAAAAACAAUGCAUUACUUAUAUAAUGCACAUACUCGUAAAUAUAGCCUAUUUUUAUUCAACUAUACAUAUUUAUGCAUGAGUACUUGUGUGCACAUACCUAUGUACAUGUAUGUAUAACGGCGUGGUGAUUUGAAUUAAAAUUAAGAACUGGGAGUUCCCUUUACAAAUUCAAAUGGCAA